AAAAUCCUUAUUGUAUACAAUGUAACAAUGUAAUAUACUCUUACAUUGUCUAUUACUGUGGCUGCCUUGCAUGGCUGGCCUGCAUUUAAAAAUAAAACACUGCUACUACUACCAGCUAAAACUAUUACCUGAGAUAAUCCUGUUCUUGCUAAAUGUUAGUUAUUUUACAGACAUUUCACCAGCUGAGCUGAUGGUUUACAUAUUGUAAUUCUCUGUGUUUUAUAAAAGGUCUAUAAGUGAGCUGUUAUUCUGGCUCUGGAGUUCUGAAAUGAAGGCUUCAGGAUGUAUUGUUCCAUUUUUAAAGCAAUGGCACAAGUUUCUAAAGGAGGCAGGUCUUGAAUUGCAGAAUUUAAUUUGCCUUCACAUUCUUGUAUGAUCUUGUUCCACUAACAGCAUGACUUGUAGAUUUGUGACGUUCUUUGAACUUUAGAAGUCAAGAAUGCUGUAGGACUCUAGAUCUGUGUGUCACUCGAAAGCUUUUUUUUAAAGUUAAAUCUGCUGCUAGGCACAUUCAGUGUAAUGUUUCUCUCCUAAAAACAUGCCAUUACCUUCAUUAUUAUCCAAACGUGAGUUAGCAUUGGAGGUACACUUUUCCUUUCAGAGAUGUGUUUAUACUUGCUUGGUACUUUAGCAUACAUUAACUGUUGCUAGUGUCCAAAAAUCUUUGAGAUUGGUGAUCAAGCCAGCCACUGUAAUGGGUUUGAAAAGCCCUAAGUCUUACUUCCUGGUGCUGUUUUUGGAUUACAGAAUUCCCUACCAGUCGACUAGAAAUGAGUGCAGUAGCUGAUAUCUUUGACAGAGAUGGUGAUGGUUAUAUUGACUACUAUGAAUUUGUAGCAGCACUUCAUCCGAACAAAGAUGCAUAUAAGCCUCUUACAGAUGCAGACAAAAUUGAAGAUGAGGUUACAAGGCAGGUAGCUAAAUGUAAAUGUGCAAAGCGAUUCCAAGUGGAGCAGAUUGGGGAUAACAAAUACAGGGUAAGUCUUCAAAAUGCUUCCAGA